AUGUCUCAACAAAAUGGAAAUAUUAAAUUACGCAAAAUAUUGGGCAACGGAAGUUCAACAUCAGAAGGACAGCAGCCACAAUUGGAUAAUAAUGCAAAUGCAACUCUAAGCCCAGACUACAACCAAAAACAGCAGCAGCGACAGCCUCAAUAUCCAUCAUCAUUCUUUGCGAACGGUGAAGGAGAUAUUCAAUAUUCCAAUAUAAAUUUGUGUAAUUCGAUCCCAGCAUUUAAUUCCACGACACCACUGAAACAGCAGCAACAAACUAUGGAUCAUUUAAGAUUGCCAAUUAUAAGUCAAGAAAUGCAUGCUCUUUGGCCCUUUGGCACAACCACAUUCCUCUCGCCAAUGAUACCAGCCAAUGUGGCCCUACCAUAUGCUGCAAUUGCAACUGGACCCUAUGCCACGGCAACAGUACCCAUUUUCCAGGGCACUCAACAGUGUAAUAUUGGUUCACCACUUUCUAGCUUUCCAAGCAGCUCCUCAUCAUCGGCAGCCGGCAGUCAACAAAUUCAAAUGCCACAACAACAACAACCAGAACGUAAUUUAAAUGCAGGAGGCACCAAUAGUGGUCAAAAUACAUCUUUAAAUGAUUCCAAUAAAAUUAAUAUUCAAAUUCAAUGCGUCUCACAAAAUUCCCCUAUGAAUUUAAAUACGAUUUAUGAUUCGGCAAAUAAAUUGAAUUUGGGUAAAUUUUGCUAUUCAACCGCAUGCCAGAAGGCCGGCGAGAAGGAUAGUAAGGAUUCCAAUGCUUCUUUAUGCAAUUCACCCAUACCUUUGCAUGCUGAUGACAGCGCAGCUGGCGGAGAUGCCUCCACGAUGAAUUUUAUGCGAACGAAUAGCUCUCAAGCCGCCGGCAAUGAGGUUUAUCUUUCUCAGGCCCGUUUCAACGAUUUAAGACGUUUGGCCCUUAGAGGCAGUGACAUUGCUGAAAAUUUAGCUAAAACUCAUCGAAAUCGUCCAUGUUUUAAGAAAAUCGAUAGUCUUUGUGCCCGUUUGAAGCAAGAUCUAAUACGUCCCGAUGGUGUAUUGCCCAAUAUUAAUUCUCAAGGAAUUGCAUGGGCUGUCAAGGACUUUAUAUUCGUUUUUACGCGCAUUAUAAAUGCAUGGAUAAUAAUUAAGGGUUAUGUUUACAAUACCCCCGAGGGUUUGAAUAAAGUUAAGGCGGCUCUCAGUCCAGAUUUUGCUUUAGCCUUUGCCGCAUGGCAAGAUACAACUAUGGAUUUCAUUGAAAGUCUCAUCAAAUCAUUUGUCAACUUGGAUAACCUAGUGCAAUCACAAAAGAAUGCCUAUCAAAAAUCGGAUAUAUCAACAAACGGUGGUGGUGGUGCUGGGGGUUGCCUAAAUACCAGUAACUCCUCACCCAUUAAACUUUUAUCGACCACACCAAAUAUUUUACUGGAUGACAACGCCUUGGAUCAAAAUGGCAAUUACUUAAAUAGAAAUUAUAUUUAUACAAUGGUCGAAGACUCGGAAGAUAGUCAACGUCAGGCCACAGUGAAUGGCACCUAUUUUAAAACUGGUACCUAUAAUCCAAUUAAAAAAGAUGAGCUACUUACCACGGAACCAUUAGCGCCAUUAAUAGCCAAUAAUAAUGGUGAGAAUUUGAUUCCAUCCAUAACUCAACUACCAGCUACAAAUAUUAUCGCCUCGGAUAGCAUUGUACCAUUUCAAAAUUAUUUUAAUAAUCAAAUAUUAGAUUACUGCCCAAAUUUAAAUGGAAAUUAUCAGGCUACGGAUACACCUUUGGCAACAUUGGAAUUUUUAAAGACCAAAGAAAAUAAUGGUUUAAAUUAUGAUUUGCAUGCAUUUGAAGAAAAUUUCACUGGAGUACACAGUCAAAAUCAGAUUGUGAAUAAUCCUCAAGUAAGCAAAACUAAUGGCCAAGAAUCAAAGGUACAUAACCUCAAAGAUUGUAUUAUGUCAAUGCAAAAUGCCGAUAUGUUUUUUAAAUUUCAAUUUACGAAAAAUUAUUUUCCAGAUUUUAUUAGCAAAUAUCAAAAUGACUUAAUGGAUAUACGCGCAAUUAUUUUAAAAUGUGAAGACCCGAAAAAUGGUUAUCAAAAUGUUACGGAAAUUGUUAAUGAUGUUAUGAAAAUUAUAAAUACUGGUAAAGAAUUUUUGAAGUUAGAAUGA